AUGGACGACAAACGAAGUUCUUCCUCCGACGCCACCUCCUACCACGCCCUCAACGACUACAGGCACUGUGCCGACGACAACGCAAGAGUUGUUUGUGCAGGAAAUGUGACCGAGCCGAGGACGUGUGAUGAGUUCUGGAAUCGAACGGACGGAGUGAAGAUUAUCUACAUCAAUGGCAAACAGAUAAAUGUGUACUGUCAGUAUGGUACCACUGGAGCCUACACAGUUAUUCAAAGUCGAGGAUCACUUGACGACACGACGUUCAACCGUAAACUUGAAGAAUACAGAAGCUCAUUUGGAAUACCUGGAAAGGGAAACAAUUUCUGGCUUGGACUUGACAAUAUGGUUGCCUUGACGUCUCAAGGCAAUUACGAUCUUCUCAUUGAACUUUGCUGUUCAGGAACCAAUUCGAUUCAAUUCUAUAAAAACUUUACGGUAGGUUAA